AGCCAGUACCCAGUACCCGCAAGGUUCCUACCUACUUCUCGCUGGACUCGGACUCAGUCGUUUCGAGGCACUCGUUACUUUCAGACGCCGGGCUCGAACAGACGGCAGCUGCUGUUAUCCGCACAGUUUGGUCAAGAGACGCGUUCGCGACGGCCGCCGAGAGAGAGCGGCUUCCGCUGGAGACUACGGACGAGCGAGAGCUCCCCCACCUUGCGAGGAUAUUGAAGUGAAGUGAACCAUAAACCGUGAACCGGGUCUAGUGAGGGGCCAAGGCCUCAUCAAUCCUUUCCUCGCCAAAUAUUUGCCCGGUCCUGUUGACAAAGUGGAUUGCCAUUCGGGGGCGACACUUUCAAUUAGGCACGUUGCCGCUUCAUCUUCUUAAAUGUGCCACAAUGGCCGCGCCGUCCAGGACGACGACGUCGAAGCCACCCCCCUUCCGAGCCCUGAUUUCCCUUCUGCUCCUGUUCAUCCUGCGGCAUGAUGAAGUGUACGCGGAGCCAUACGCCGGAGGCUUUGGCAGCUCCGUCUCCAGUGGCGGCCUCGGUUCGGUUGGCAUCCACAUACCUGGCGGCGGAGUCGGUGUCAUUACGGAGGCUCGCUGCCCGAGGGCCUGCUCCUGCACAGGACUAAGUGUGGACUGCUCCCACAGAGGACUCACCUCGGUACCCAGGAAGAUUUCAGUGGAUGUGGAAAGACUCGAUUUGCAGGGCAAUAACUUGACCGUUAUCUACGAGACGGACUUCCAGAGGCUGACCAAGCUGCGGAUGCUCCAACUGACGGAUAACCAAAUCCAUACGAUCGAAAGGAAUUCCUUCCAGGAUUUGGUCUCUUUGGAGCGACUACGCCUAAACAACAAUCGACUAAAGGCAAUUCCUGAAAACUUAGUGACAAGUUCAGCGAGUCUUUUGCGAUUGGACAUCUCCAACAAUGCCAUCGUCACGGUGGGACGGCGCGUCUUCAAGGGCGCCCAGUCCCUCAGGAGCCUCCAGCUGGACAACAACCAGAUCACCUGCCUCGACGAGCACGCCUUCAAGGGCCUGGUGGAGCUGGAGAUACUAACGCUGAACAACAACAACCUGACGGCGCUGCCCCACAACAUCUUCGGCAGUCUGGGGCGGCUGCGGGCGCUGCGGCUGUCCGACAACCCGUUCGCCUGCGACUGUCAUCUGUCCUGGCUGUCCCGCUUCCUGCGCAGCGCCACCCGCCUGGCCCCCUACACCCGCUGCCAGUCGCCCUCCCAGCUGAAGGGCCAAAACGUGGCAGACCUGCACGACCAGGAGUUCAAAUGUUCGGGCCUCACUGAGCACGCUCCGAUGGAAUGUGGGGUGGAGAACAGCUGUCCGCACCCAUGUCGCUGCGCCGAUGGAAUCGUCGACUGUCGCGAGAAGAGCCUGACCAGUGUCCCGGUCACCCUGCCCGACGACACCACGGAGCUUCGCCUCGAGCAGAACUUCAUCACGGAGCUGCCGCCCAAGUCGUUCUCCAGCUUUCGCCGCCUGCGCCGCAUCGACCUGUCGAACAACAACAUCUCCCGGAUUGCCCACGACGCCCUGAGCGGCCUAAAGCAGUUAACCACUCUCGUGCUGUACGGCAACAAAAUAAAGGACUUACCCUCGGGCGUGUUCAAAGGACUGGGAUCGCUGCAGCUGCUGCUUCUGAACGCCAACGAAAUCUCGUGCAUACGCAAGGAUGCCUUCCGCGACCUGCACAGCCUCAGCCUGCUCUCCCUCUACGACAACAACAUCCAGUCCCUUGCUAAUGGCACAUUCGACGCCAUGAAGAGCAUCAAAACGGUACAUCUGGCCAAGAAUCCUUUCAUCUGCGACUGCAAUCUGCGCUGGCUGGCCGACUAUUUGCACAAAAAUCCCAUAGAGACGAGUGGAGCCCGCUGCGAGUCACCGAAGCGGAUGCAUCGUCGUCGGAUUGAAUCGCUGCGCGAGGAGAAAUUUAAAUGCUCCUGGGAUGAAUUGAGAAUGAAGCUGUCCGGCGAGUGCCGCAUGGACUCUGAUUGUCCGGCAAUGUGCCACUGCGAGGGCACCACCGUGGAUUGCACUGGUCGGGGCCUGAAGGAGAUUCCCCGCGACAUUCCCCUGCACACGACUGAGCUUUUGCUCAACGACAACGAACUGGGCCGCAUCAGCUCCGACGGCCUCUUUGGGCGGCUGCCGCACUUGGUGAAGCUGGAGCUGAAGCGGAACCAGCUGACCGGCAUAGAGCCGAAUGCCUUCGAAGGAGCCUCCCAUAUCCAGGAGCUGCAGCUCGGGGAGAACAAGAUCAAGCAGAUAUCCAACAAGAUGUUCCUGGGCCUCCACCAACUGAAGACUCUUAAUCUUUACGACAAUCAGAUCUCCUGCGUUAUGCCUGGUUCGUUUGAGCAUCUCAACUCCCUGACGUCCCUGAACCUCGCCUCGAAUCCAUUCAAUUGCAACUGUCAUUUGGCCUGGUUCGCCGACUGGCUGCGGAAAAAAUCGCUCAACGGAGGAGCGGCACGUUGCGCGGCGCCCUCCAAGGUACGUGACGUGCAAAUCAAGGACCUGCCGAACUCGGAGUUCAAGUGCAGCAGCGAGAACAGCGAGGGCUGCCUGGGCGACGGCUACUGCCCCCCAUCCUGCACCUGCACCGGCACGGUGGUGCGUUGUUCCCGCAGCCAGCUGAAGGAGAUACCCAGGGGUAUUCCGGCGGAGACCUCCGAGCUCUACUUGGAGUCCAACGAGAUCGAGCAGAUCCACUACGACAGGAUACGGCAUCUGCGAGCGCUGACUCGACUCGAUCUCAGCAACAACCAGAUCACCAUUCUCUCGAACUACACCUUCGCCAACCUCACCAAGCUGUCCACCCUCAUCAUCUCGUACAACAAACUGCAGUGUCUGCAGCGGCAGGCGCUGUCCGGAAUGCACAACCUGCGCGUGCUCUCGCUCCACGGCAACCGGAUCUCGAUGCUGCCGGAGGGCUCCUUCGAGGACCUCAAGUCGUUGACCCACAUAGCCCUGGGGAGCAACCCGCUGUACUGCGACUGCGGCCUCAAGUGGUUCUCCGACUGGAUCAAGCUGGACUACGUGGAGCCGGGCAUCGCCCGAUGUGCCGAGCCGGAGCAGAUGAAGGACAAGCUGAUCCUGUCGACGCCUUCCUCUAGCUUUGUGUGCCGCGGUCGUGUCAGGAACGACAUCCUCGCCAAGUGCAACGCUUGCUACGAGCAGCCCUGCCAGAACCAGGCCCAGUGUGUGGCCCUCCCGCAAAGGGAGUACCAGUGCCUCUGUCAGCCCGGAUACCACGGCAAGCACUGCGAGUUCAUGAUAGACGCCUGCUACGGGAAUCCCUGCCGGAACAACGCCGUCUGCACGGUGCUGGAGGAGGGCCGCUUCAGCUGCCAGUGUGCUCCGGGCUACACGGGAGCCAGGUGCGAGACGAACAUCGACGACUGUCUGGGCGAGAUCAAGUGUCAGAACAACGCCACCUGCAUAGACGGCGUGGAAUCCUAUCACUGCGAGUGCCAGCCAGGAUUCACUGGAGAGUUCUGCGACACCAAGAUACAGUUCUGCUCCGCGGAGUUCAAUCCCUGCCAGAACGGAGCCAAGUGUGUUGACCACUUCACGCACUACAGCUGCGACUGUCAGGCCGGAUUCCACGGAACCAACUGCACGGACAACGUCGACGACUGCCAGAACCACAUGUGCCAGAACGGGGGAACCUGCGUGGACGGGAUCAACGACUACGUGUGCCGCUGCCCGGACGACUACACGGGCAAGUACUGCGAAGGGCACAACAUGAUAUCGAUGAUGUAUCCGCAAACGUCGCCGUGCCAGAACCACGAGUGCAAGCACGGGGUGUGCUUCCAGCCCAACGCCCAGGGCUCGGACUACCUGUGCAGGUGCCAUCCGGGGUACACGGGCAAGUGGUGCGAGUACCUGACCAGCAUCAGCUUCGUGCACAACAACUCCUUCGUGGAACUGGAGCCGCUGAGGACACGUCCGGAGGCGAACGUGACCAUUGUUUUCAGUAGCGCGGAGCAGAACGGAAUCCUCCUGUACGACGGACAGGACGCUCACUUGGCUGUGGAGCUGUUCAACGGCCGCAUUCGCGUCAGCUACGAUGUCGGAAACUACCCAGUCUCCACGAUGUACAGCUUCGAGAUGGUGGCGGAUGGAAAGUACCAUGCAGUCGAACUGCUGGCUGUCAAGAAGAACUUUACGCUGCGAGUGGAUCGUGGCCUGGCCAGGUCAAUCAUCAACGAGGGAUCCAACGAUUACCUGAAACUAACGACGCCCAUGUUUCUGGGCGGCCUUCCCGUGGAGCCCGCCCAGCAGGCCUACAAGAACUGGCAGAUCCGCAACCUAACCAGCUUCAAGGGCUGUAUGCGGGAGGUGUGGAUCAACCACAAGCUGGUAGACUUCGGCAACGCUCAGCGCCAGCAGAAGAUCACCCCAGGCUGUGCCCUCCUGGACGGGCAGGAGCAGCAGGAGGAGGAGGACGAUGAGCAGGACUUUAUGGACGAGACUCCGCACAUUAAGGAGCAGCCAUCGGAUCCCUGCCUGGAGAACAAGUGCCGCCGGGGCAGCCGCUGCGUCCCGAAUGCCAAUGCCCGGGACGGCUACCAGUGCAAGUGCAAGCACGGCCAGAGGGGACGCUACUGCGAUCAAGGUGAGGGCAGCACUGAGCCCCCAACAAUCACCGCGGCCUCCACCUGCCGCAAGGAGCAGGUGCGCGAGUACUACACGGAGAACGACUGCCGUUCCCGGCAACCGCUCAAGUACGCCAAGUGCGUAGGAGGAUGUGGCAACCAGUGCUGCGCGGCGAAGAUCGUGCGGCGGCGCAAGGUGCGCAUGGUGUGCAGCAACAACCGCAAGUACAUCAAGAACUUGGACAUCGUGCGCAAGUGCGGAUGCACCAAGAAAUGCUACUGACUGAAAGAUGCGACUACCCAAUUGCUCAGCUGGAGCAAUAGCAGCUUAGAUGUUAGUUUAAGGACAGGUUUAAAUGUAACUUAUUACAGUAGUAGUAGUAAUAGUAGUUUAAGUGAUAGAAUUACGGAUAGGCAGGCAGAUGCGGGGGGGAAGACAGCCGAGGACGAGAAGGAGGAGGAGGACGACGUUGAGGGGGACUAUCCCACGGAUGGUAUCGAUGGCAUGCAGGCCGAUCUCUACGACGAUACUAUCGACGAUGAGCUUGAGGAGGACGAUGGUCUGGACUAUCCAGACGAGGAGAGUGAUGGGGACGAGGAGCCGGAACAACUUCCAGAUCCUAAAGGUUUGGUGAGUGUGCCGGACGAGGAGGAGGACAUGGGCUACGAUGAGGACGACGAGCGUAUUGCCAUGGAGCGUCCGAGGACAGUGAGACCGAAGCCGGACGAGGAGCUCUUCCUGAACGAAGAGGGAAGCGGUGGUUUUCGUUCGAGAUUCCGGCCGAGUAGUGGCAACAGCUUCCGCCAAAGCCAGCUGGAGAACAUACGCAAGAAGCUGCUCACCGAGGAGCAGGCCGUGGCGAUUGCCGUACCGAGCACUGCCAUCGAUCUGCGCGAGAGCAGCGGUCACUUUGCCAACGAUGACGAGGAUGGCGAAGAUGGCGAUGACAGCGUCGAUGACGAGUUCCCCGACACGGGCGGAAACAGCCAGGGGCACGGCUUCUUGAGCUCCCAGCGGAAGAACGGUGCCUACCACAGGAAGAACGGCAACGAUGCCAUCAAGAUCAUAUCCACGCCGCUGGGCAAGGUGAGCAUUGUGUACCAGCAAACGGAUAAGGAUCAGGCCGCCGAGAAGGAUCAGGACAAGCAGCAGCCAAAGAAGCCGGCGCUCACCGACUUCGAUGCCCUGUCGCCGGACCCCGAGAGCAGUCAUCGCUUUCCGUCGCCUCACCCCAAGAUUACGCCCGUUCUAACGCCCGAUGGCAAGGUGGCGCUGCUCUAUCGCGGAGACUCGGAGAGCUCCAAGUACGAGCCCAUUCGCAACCUUACCACCCACAAGUUCUCCGGACACCAGCCGAAGGCCAGUGCCGCCGAGGACACGUCCUCUUCGGAGGACUCGGUGUAUACUGAUAGCGAGGAUGUCGAGGACAAUCCAGCUGGUGGAGCUGGCGCGGGUGCAGCUGAAAAAUCAUUCCCUGCCACGAGUACGCCCAAAACUCUCCAGCCGGAGAUUGUGGAGCCGCCAGAAAAUGUUCAGCCGGGUGGAAGCUUCAUCAUUCGGCCCACUUCGGACUCACUGCUCCCGAUGAUCAACCGGCCGUUGUCCGAGGUGCUGGGCAUCAAGAAGAACCAGUUCCAGGAGACGCGCGUCCGCGACCAGCUGCCCACUCAGCAGCCUCCACUACUGCCGGGUCUGAUGCCGGAGACGGUCACCUCGCGCAGCCCACAGUUCCUGGCUAAGGUCAACUUGGCCGAGUUCCCCACCUCCGGGCGGACACUGCAGCAGCCGCUGAUGCCGGGCAACCGCGACUUUGACUUCAGUCGGGACAACACGAUGCUGGACGAGCGGUCCAGGGUGCGCGAACGGGAGCGGGAGAAGGACCACAAUGAGGCCACGAGCAAGGGAGGCGGCGCCACAGAGGCGCACACCAUUGCCAAUGAGCAGAUGCUGUCCAAGACAGAGGUCAUCAACCUGGCCAUUGUGCCGCAGUUCGACGAGGACCUGGAGCGGCUCCAGCGGCUGCAGGAGAGCGGUGGGCGGCGCCACCACCGUGCACGCCACCGCCACCGCCAGCAGACGGAGGAGGAGCUGUCUGGCAUCCACUGUAUCAUGCAGGUCAUGAUGGGUGUGGCCGCUGUCUCCACUGUCUUUGGCAUGCUGGGCACCUUCUUCAAGCAGCGAAUACUCGAUCAGUUACGCAUGAUGCACUGGUAGUACAACACGGGGGUGGAAUGCCCCUCCCAUCCGAGUUCCCACUGUGUCCCCCAUUCCCUUCCCUUCACCUGCCUCAUCGUCGCGGUUAUCGUUCAGGUGAGACUGCUGCCCUUCUACUACUGCUAUUAGCAAACGCAUAUAUACACUUACCAUACGCUAUGUAUUCAUAUAUACAGCCAUAUUUAACUACAUAACUAUCAAGCUUAUUCAGGGGCGCCGGAAGAGAGCUGAUUCAUGCAGGGGAAACUGGAGUAACUGGACAGAAACCCCCCUGGACAGAAAGGGCGCCCCUGAGCUUUAUGCAUAAUCUAUGUACUGCACAAAGGCAUCGAUUCGCUAUCGUCCCCUUUUACUUUUUAUAAACUAUAUGUAUCGUAUCUUAUUCGGUGUAUCUGCUACGCCCCACAAUGUAUUCUAUAUAUUCGUAUAUAUCCCUUUGGACGGCACCCGGAGCGUGCGGAAGGAGACUACUACGUAUAGCCGCAGAAUCGAAACUCUGCUUGAACCAUUAACAAGUAUUUACUAACGCAAGCUACCCAGGCGAUGUGCAUAAUAACUGAACUGAAUCAUAAUACGAUUAAUGCGAUUAGUGUAUGUGAGACUGUAGCAACUGUAGCCCUUGCCAAGUUAGCGGAAUUAGCCUUCUGUUUCUUAAUACUCUCCGAUCCUGCGUUGAAUCCUUUUUCGUAUCUUCCUAGUGCCUAGUGCGCCGACCUUCCUUUUGUCAGUGUAACAAGCUUUAAGCCAGUCAUGUCAUGCCACGCCACGCCACGCCCCACACCGUCCUGUCCCGCCUUGAAUGUGUCCCGGCCGAAAACAUUCCCCUUGUUGUCUUAGGAGCUGGGAGACGUGAAUGUAGAACCGAUUACUUUUUGUAGAUAGAGAACGAGAGCAGUUGUUGGACGUCGAACGAUAAAAAAAGAUGAUAAAACUGAAGCUAACAUUAAAAGUAAAAGAAAUUAACGUUGAAAUAUAACAGUAAACUCGCACACGAAGUUUGCGUAACGGUCGUUUUAAACGCUCCCAAACGCAACGGUCUAAACAAUCGAUAAGCGAUUAACGAUUAACGAUUAACGAUAAUAAGUGAAUAACAAAACCCUAAUUGUAAGUCGCUCAACAGAUAAUGAAGAGUAUUUUGAUAGGAAGGAAAACCAGAUAACAGAAACAGGAAGUCGAAUGGAUAAUAGGCUAACAUCUUUGCCAGUGUUUUUCUUGAAUUGUUCCCCCAAAAACGAAACUAAUGUGUGCAAAAAUUGCGGUAAUUAAUUAAAUUUAAUCUAAACUAAAACUAAUACUAAAACUAAUGAUAAACUAAAAUAAUUCGGAUAAAACAUCUAAGCUGGGUAGUCGCAUGUAAAUCUAACAAUUACCAACCUAAGUUAGACCUGAAAUGUAAUGAAACACAAAUACAACAAAUCGAAUUGCAUUUAAAGAAACCUAAUAAAUAAUAAUAGCAAUAAUUACAAUUAAUAAUAAUCUAUAUAAAUGUAACUAUAUCUAUGCUGUAUGUAUGACCCUAUAUUUAUAUAUGUUAAAUGUUUUUGACUAUUUUUCUCUAUUUAUAUCCAUAUAUAUUAUAUAUGUAUACCUAUACGAUAUGUGUGUAAUAGCCCCUUUUGGUCACUUUAGUUGUCUUUUAUGUAUAUUUAAACAAGUAAAACAGCUGAAAUAGCCAAAUCAA